CCGGGUGUAGCCAGUCUUUAAAGAUCUUCACCGGCAAAUGCCGGUUGCCCCCAAAUGAACUGGUUAGAAAUUGACCGCGGUUGAAAUGAUUGCACCAGUUUUGACCACUCUGGUUAAGCCUCGUCUCCUCAGACCGAGAUAGAGAGAGAAUCAGAGAAUCAGAAAGGUGGAAGAGAGAGGAGAGAGAGAGAGCGCGGGGCUGUAUUUUGUGUACGAGCUCUGGCACCUGCAAUUGAUUGCUGAGGGGAGAAACAGAGAUAAGAGCCCGAGGUGGCUUUGCAGAGGAGAGAUAGAAAGCGACUAGAGAGGGAAAGUGGAGAGAGAGAGAGAGAGAGAGAGAGAGGGAAGGGAGCUGAUAGAUACUUCAAUCGAGGAACUGGUGUAAUUCAGAGGCAAUUAUAGAUUCUUUUGCGGUCUAGAUUUUGAUCGAGGUUUGAUCAAGGAGGUUGAACGAAGUUGUUGAAUAAAAAGAAGAAUUUGUUGUGGGUUUACUUAGUUUCCACGAAUAGAGCUACGGCCUUGUUUUGUUGCAAGGUAGAUUCUUAGAAGAUAGUUUCAGUAAGGUGUUGAAUUUGGGGGUUUUUUUAGUGCUCUGAGGGUGCUUAGAUACUUUGAAGGUGUAUCGAGAGUUCCAGAUGAGAGAUCUGAGUUGAUAUAUUAAAGAAAUGGGUUCUUCAGAGGUGUCAAUAAAGGAAAAUUCCGUUCACGGGAGAGGAGAGAGCUUUUCUUCGGGUUACAGUGAGCCUAACCAUGGUAGGAACACUAUGGAGGGGCAGAACGGUCAUUCUACGACUUCCAAUGCUUCUAGAGUGGACCCAGAAGCGGCGCUUUACACGGAGCUAUGGCAUGCUUGUGCCGGUCCUCUGGUUACUGUCCCUCGAGAAAGAGAGCGUGUCUUUUACUUCCCUCAGGGACACAUCGAGCAGGUCGAGGCGUCUACCAAUCAGGUUGCAGACCAAAAGAUGCCAGUCUAUAAUCUUCCUUCGAAGAUCCUUUGUCGUGUGAUUAAUGUCCAAUUGAAGGCUGAACCGGAUACUGAUGAGGUGUUUGCGCAAGUUACUCUACUUCCAGAGCCGAACCAAGAUGAGAAUGCGGUGGAUAAGGAGCCAUCCCCACCUCAGCCGCCGCGGUUUCAUGUACAUUCGUUUUGUAAGACGCUGACUGCUUCCGACACAAGUACUCACGGUGGAUUUUCUGUUCUUAGGCGACAUGCCGAUGAGUGUCUGCCGCCUCUGGAUAUGUCACGGCAGCCUCCCACCCAGGAGCUGGCGGCAAAGGAUUUACAUGGAAAUGUGUGGCACUUCAGGCAUAUUUUCCGAGGUCAGCCGCGCAGGCACUUGCUUCAGAGCGGUUGGAGUGUGUUCGUUAGCUCCAAGAGGCUUGUUGCAGGAGAUGCAUUUAUAUUCUUAAGGGGUGAGAAUGGGGAACUUCGUGUUGGUGUAAGGCGUGCAAUGAGACAGCAAGGCAAUGUUCCGUCCUCCGUAAUAUCUAGUCAUAGUAUGCAUCUUGGCGUUCUUGCUACGGCAUGGCAUGCAAUCUCGACGGGAACUAUGUUCACGGUUUACUAUAAGCCUAGAACUAGUCCUGCCGAGUUUAUUGUUCCAUAUGAUCAAUAUAUGGAGUCCGUUAAGAACAGCUAUGCAAUCGGGAUGAGAUUCAAAAUGAGAUUUGAAGGUGAAGAAGCUCCAGAACAGAGGUUUACUGGCACUAUUGUUGGAAUUGAAGAUGCUGACCCCCAAAGAUGGCGAGAAUCCAAAUGGAGAUGCCUUAAGGUAAGGUGGGAUGAAACAUCAACUAUACCUCGACCAGAAAGAGUUUCCCCUUGGAAAAUAGAGCCUGCCCUGGCUCCUCCGGCAUUGAAUCCCCUUCCCAUGCCCAGGUCCAAAAGGCCUAGACCAAACAUGCUGCCUUCAUCACCUGACUCAUCUGUGCUCACUCGGGAAGGUUCAUCUAAGGUAACUGUAGACCCUUCGCCAGCAAGUGGUUAUUCGAGGGUCUUGCAAGGUCAAGAAUUCUCGACCUUGAAGGGCAAUUUUGCAGAGAGUAAUGAAUCUGAUACUGCUGAGAAGUCUGUUGUAUGGCAACCUUCAAUAGAUGAUGACAAGGUUGACGUAGUUUCUGCUUCAAGACGAUAUGGUUCAGAGAGUUGGAUGCCUACAGGAAGGCAUGAACCAACUUAUACAGAUUUACUAUCUGGAUUUGGAGCCAAUGCUGACCUCACCCACGGUCACUGCUCAUCAUUCGCUGAUCAAGCUGUGGCAACUAUGAAUCCAAUUAAGAAACAUUUACUUGAUCAGGAGGGAAAGUUUAACUUGCUUCCAAGUCCGUGGUCCCUAAUGUCUUCUGGUCUCUCUCUUAAGUUGGCUGAAUCAAGUUCUAAUGUUCCCAAGCAAGGUGUUGAUGCAUCUUACCCAUCACGAGGAAACAUUAGACAUGGAGGAUAUGGUGAAUAUCCCAUGCUUCAUGGUCACAGAGUGGAGCAUUCCCAUGGAAGCUGGAUGAUGCCACCUCCACCACCGUCUCGUUUUGAGAACAUA